AGCAAAGUUGUUUUAAAAAUCAUCAAAUUAGCGAUCGUGACAUUGCGAAUUUAAUUUAUUUACUAAAUUUAUCACAUAUUUAUUUUAAUUUUAUUUAAAUUUCAACACUUGAUCCAAAAAAAUUUUAAAUUAAAAAAAUUAAACAAGAUGGAACAGCUGACUAUUCAAAAUCCUUCAAUGGAUUUGAUUGACAAGUUGUCAACGCAUAUUUAUGGGGCUGUCGUAUUUUCAGACGAUAAUUUUGCCGAAAUUUUGCACUGGCACGGCGGGGCCUCGCUUCUCCUCAACUUUGGUGCCCUGGAUAUUAGAGUAUUUUCAUCUUUUGAGGGUGGGCAGAUCUCAAAGAAAUCUGUGUUCUUCAUCUCGAGACCACUGAUAGACAACACUCUUGAGACCUUGCAUGACGUCAUUAACAACAGCUAUUUUGAAAGUGUUACCAUCAUCACUAACAUUCAUCCAGCUAUGCAAACUCUUGUUAGGUUUAAGCCUCCAACUGAUGAAAAUGUACUUGAAACAUUAGUUAACUUAGAAAGAAAAAUUAAUUCCUGGAUUGCAGUGAAAAUAAAUAAAACAGGAAUGUGCAAGUUGUUAUAUGUUCCUCUAGUCGCAUCACAAAUAAUUCCCAACCUUUUCACAUUUCCUUGCCAUUAUAACUUUUUCCCUCUCCUGCCAACCGAUGUCAAUCGAUUGCAAGUCAGACAUAAGCUUGGCAGUAGCAAACAUUCGCCAAUCGACUUUGAACAUUUACCAAAGAAUCUACAACUCAAGUACAAACUCCUGGUAUCUUCUCUGCAUACAUUUUCAGAGCUGUUAAGCAUUACAGAGCAAAAUAUAUUUUCUAUAGGUGCAAGCAGUCGUAUCAUUGGGCAGGAGCUGGCCAGUCUCAAUUGGCGUAAAACAUCGAAGCAUCACCAGUUCGACUGCACGCUCGAGAAAAUUCUCUGGGGCCUGCCAAAGCUUGGCACAUCCCUAUUUUCCGGCGGCGAUGAUGAUAAUGAUGCUGUCGAUGGUGGUGAUGAUGAUGAUGAUUUUGAGAGGGAUGACGUCACUGGCAGAUCUCUAGAUGUCCAGGUCGAUAUGUCGCCUGUCUGUUCCGUGGUUCAUAACCCAGGUAAUGUAUGCAUAGCUCCGGGACACAUAUGCCAUGCGGAUGACCCUAGAUCGAGUGCACUUAUUAGUGCAUUUGCACUCCUCAAACAAAAGGAAGUUCUGGCAGAACUGAACAGGCGAUUGUUAGAAGCAGUUGGUAAAGAAAACCUUGAUUAUGAUCCCGGUUGUAGUAGUAGCAGUGGCAGUAGUAGUAGCAGUGGCAGUAAGCUAAAUGCUCUUGACAUCAUUGAAAGGCUUGUCGCAUCAUUUAAAUACAGCAGCAGCAGUAUUAGGAAGUAUUCUUAUCUCCUCCAACUUUCGCUGGCUCUCACUCAGUCUAUCAAGAGUAAAAAGUUGAAGCGCUGCUCCCGGCUUCAAAUGCACGAGAAAUCCAUACUGCAGUGUUUUGAUGGCGACGACGACGAGGAGGGUGGUAGUGGUGGUGGCCGUUGUGGUAGCGUUUUUAUGAAAGUCGUUGAUCAGUAUUGUAAAGAUUGCGAAGAUGAUGAUGAUGAUGGUGGUGAUGAUGGUUGUGGAAGCUGGAAAGUUGACGGGUUGUUGUCGUUGUUAUUGUUCGCCUACUCUUGUGAUGCCAGAGGUAGGCUGAGUCUGUCUUCGAAACAAGAGACGCAGUUGGAGGUUAAGCUGACGAGAUUCAUAAUGAGCUCUACUAUAGAUCCAGGCAGUUUUUCCACUCCUCCCAGCCAUCAGCCAAUAGUAAAACAGAUCAUGCAAGAUAUCCUUGACCCGAACUUACACGACCUUCCGGAUUUGACCUUUCACCCUUUGACAUCUCACGGCGGUGGGGGUGGUAUGUUCGGGGAGGAUUUGAUUAAAAGUGGAUUCGGAUUUUUCCGCGGCCAAUCAAAACCACGACCUCUCGACAGCCCGCUCGUCAUCAUCUUCAUCAUCGGCGGGGUCACCGUUUCUGAGUUCAAGAUCGUUAAGGAGGUCAUGUUGAGGUCGAAGGUUAAAAAUCAGGUUCUAGUCGGAGGGACGAACCUCGUUAACCCCGAUGAUGUGUUGAGAAUGACCCUGGCCCAAGAUAAUCUACUAAUCGACCAAUAAUAUUCAUCGAAAUAUAUAAUAAUUCAUAAUAAUUAAUUAUAAUUAUAAUGUUUAAUAAUAGAAAUAAUUACGUACAAUCAAACAUACAUACAAACAAACAAACAUACAUACAUACAUAAACAUGCAUAUGAAAAUAUUCCAUUAGCUUUUAAGAAUUCAUUAUUAAGAUGAUAAUUUCAAUAUAAUUGUUUAUGUAGCUUAUUGAUUAACAGUGCAAAUAGGUGUACAAAAGUAUUCAUCUCUGUAUGCAUGUAUGUAUGUGUGUGUGUAUGUAUGUAUGUAUGUAUGUAUGUAUGUAUGUAUGUAUGUAUGUAUGUAUGUAUGUAUGUAUGUAUGUAUGUGUGUAUGUAUGU